AAACUUCAUGUGGCCUUCAGGCUAGCUCAAGAACAGUGCGCAGAGAGCUUCAUGGAAUGGGUUUCCAUGGCCGAGCAGCUGAAUCCAAGCCACACAUCACCAAGUGCAAUGCAAAGCGUCGGAUGCAGCAGUUUAAAGCACGCUACCAUUGGACUCUAGAGCAGUGGAGACGCGUUUUCUGGAGUGAUGAAUCGCGCUUCUCCAUCUGGCAUAGGGGUGUAAAGGUACGUGUAUUCGUACCGAACCGAUUCGGUACGGGCCUCUCGGUACGGUACUAACUUGUACCGAACUAAUACAUGUGGAGCCAAGCUCAUACACAAAAGGAAAACCAGAAAACAACUCACUGUCACACUGUCCUGACAACCACAGCAAAUGACAGCAACAGCCUGAAUAUUCCCAGAUAAAAGUAUCCUGUUUAGGAACACUUUGUUUCCCAGUAAAAUACAACAGUGGACAAAGACAACCAUAGUAGCUGUCAUUAUACUACAACUGUGUCGCUGAAAGCACGUCGUCCAGCGGACCAAUCAAAGCGUUUGAAAAAGCUCAAACGUCACUGUAAAGAGGAGGAACAGCAAAGUCUUACCAGCCGGUUAUAACCUUCUUAUUCUUUAAGAUCGUUUUUAUUGUAACAGUGGUGCUCUGGCUCAGUGAAUCAAAUUAAUUUUACCUUCAUGUGUCAGCCCCGGAGGAGGGAGAGAUGGACUCUGCAGUUGCGUCCUAGGUAGAGUUAUCCUCAAAUUUCCCACGGCUCUAACCUCUUUAUCUGCCUAGAUGGGCUGUGAAAAGUUUCCCCAAACUUUUUAGUAGGUCCCAUUGAUUAAAAAAAUAAUCCAGUGCUGAAGUCCGUGUUGAAAUCGGCAGGAAAGACGCUAAUUAGCAUAUUUAACAAGCUAACUCACGGUAGUAUGAUGAUGCGUUCAAGGUGGCUGGGAAAUGUUGUUUUUUACAGGAUGGGUAUAAAUAUGUCAACAUAUCAAUGAAAGUAACCUAGUAACACAAAAAUGUAUUUAUUUAGUAAUAUUUUUUUUUAUCAUUGAAGAACUUUUGGAAGGAGGUUACAGCAUUAUUAAUAAUCUAAAUCUAAUUUAUUCAGCCUAUUUAUUUUAAUACAAUUUAAUCAAGUCUUUAGCACCAGAAGAACUGAGCAGAGGCAAAGGGAAACCCUCAUCUUCUGGCACAUAGCCAAGUGUACAUGAUCCACAGUAUAUAGUAAUCGUAACAGGAAGAACUGGACAGGAGUCAGCCCAGUGACAGUCAAUCCCAAUGCAGCAUAACGCCAAUAACAAACAGUGCAGCAGGGAACAGCCACAUAUUACGCUCCGUUUCUAUCGCCAUUUACAACCGGGGAAGGACACCGCAGAGUUCAACAGGUAAAUAUGAUCAGAUGAUCCAAAUGAAGAGAUGGAAUUAAUGAAAUCCCGAGACAGCGACUAGGUGAUCCAGAUCGGGUUUUGUUUCCGUGCACCUCCAGCAAGCAGUCACGUCACAUGUAGCCAGGAACACAGGAAAUUUCAAAACCGGCCGCCGUGCUGCUGCAGUAGUUACGUUUUAAAAACAGGACCAAGUGUUUUUAAAACAUCGGGAUCAAACCUGGACAGCGCAGAGAAGAGUGUUGAAACCCUGUCCCCAAGUCACGGGGCGAACCGGCCCUUCAGGAAUAUGCGAGACGGCUCCACUGCAGCUCCGACAGGCGAACAGGAUCCAUGGACCGGACACCUGAAUUAGCCAGGAUCCCACAGAAACGGCGAAAAACAGACGUAGAUGAGAAGAGCAUACAACCUCCCAUUGAAGAACCCAAACCUGCUGCAAGAGUUCAGACGGAAGAGAAGGGUGAAGAUGAUGACUCUGAAGAGGAAGAGCUCUGUUCCACUCAGGCUGUUAUAGAAAAAAUUCCAGUGUCUGUUAACCAAGAGUAUUUGGAGAUGCUGGUGGAAAAUGUUUUCAAGAACACCGACUCUCCAUCUGCCUCCCAGAGCUUCACUUUAGACGUCCUUCCUGCUAUAUCCUCAGCUGUGGUGACUUUUAAGAGUGAGAACAAAAAGAAUGACUUUGUGACCGGAUGCCUCCAUAACAGAAACUUCACAAAGAAAGGAAUCAGAGUCCGACCUCUGGAACUGACGAGGCAGGUCUUGGUUGAUGAUGUGAAAAAGAUCAGUGAAGAUUACCUCCGUCUUUAUUUUGAUAACGAAGGUGGCGAUGUGGAAGAUUUUGUGCUGAAUGAACAGGAACAGUCUGCCCUCAUCACCUUCAGCAAUCCUAAAGCUGUUCAAAAAAUCCUGAUGAAGAAGCAUCUCAUCCAGAAGGAGGAGAUCAGAGUUUAUCCUUUUUACGAAUCACUGGGAAUAGCUCUCUACGGAAAAGACGCACCUUCACUCAAACUUCCUGCUGCUAUCUCUGAGCCCAUUGAAGAGGCUGUGUGGAGAUACCUGAAUGACAGACAAACAGCGUUAAAGACAAUUCAAAAUCAAUUGACAAAACACUUCUGCAAGGUCACCCUCGGCCAAUCUGCUCUAUGCUUGAACCCUUUUCCUUCAUUACUGCAAGAACAGAACGCCAAAGCCAUUGUCAAAGAUUGGAGGGAUGAUGUGAGGUCAGCCUUAGAACUGGCUUUGUCAAAUAUCAAAUCCACAAAGUUUCAGCCAGAGCCAGAAGUGUGGAAAGAGUCUGAGAUGAAGAUCAGAGAAGUGCUGAGGAAUGAGGAUGUAGCUGUGGUGCCUGAUAGAGCCCGUGGCAUUUUAUCAGUGGUCGGACCGCUUGCUGACAUCAACAAACUACAGCCAAAUCUUACUGAAGUCAUCAACAAGAUCACAACAAGGGUGCACAGGGAGAAAUUUAGCGAGACCCAUGAUAUCAAAGUGUCACAGUUGAUUUUCAAUGUUCUGUGCCGAGAAGGUCUUCGAGACAAACUGCUUCAAGUUUACCCAGAGCUGAAAAUGUCGUUCAGCAAAGGGAGCACAGAUUUGUCUAUCACUGGCUUAAAGGAUGAGAUUUUUGCAGCAAACAGAGUGAUAUAUGAUGCCAUGCUUGCCCUGAAACGACAACAUUUGGAACUAGAUAACUCUAUCCUUGACUUGUUGAAGGAUGAACAACCAGAGAAGCUCACAGAUGCUUUUCUAAAACCAAGUGGAAUAAAUGCAGUAUUUGAUAUCAGUGCAAAUAGAGUUCAUCUACUUGCUGCUUCUGACAGAGGUCUGACCGAGGCUGGCGAUUAUCUUAAGAAGCUGCUAGUGACUCGAAACAUUGAUGUAGAAGACCGUAAAGUCUUGUAUAAGCCAGAGUGGCAGGACCUAGUCAGUCAGUUGGAGAAUGCCGACAACAAGUCACUGAGAACAAUUAGAAUCCAUGCUGCUGGUCAAAAAGUGGUGGUGUCGGGCCUCACUGAUGUAGUCAAAAGAGUUAGCAGCACAGUUGAAGACUUCUUGGCAAAGAAUGCUCAGGUUGAAGAAACUGUUAAUGUCAAGCCCAAUGCAAAAGUUGAAUACAUGAGCAAACUAGACCUGUCUUGGUUGAAGAAAAUGGAGGACAAAGUUGCAGUUCACUACAAAAAGGAGGCCCUCUCUCUAAGCGGUUGUAGAGUCCACGUCACAGAAUGUAAGAAGUUGGUUGAAGAUUUUAUCUCUUCUUUGGUCUUUGAGCGUUUACGAGUACCCAAACCUGGAGUGAGGACCUUCUUUCGGGAAAAAGAAGAUAUGUAUGUUUCCUCACUUUGGACUGAUACGGGCUGCCGGGUCCAGCUGGUUGAUGAGUCUAGUGAUGAUGGACAAGAUGACAAUAAAAAAUUUCCAGUCCCUGUCUAUCAGCUUCAGACAAGUGAUGGAGUAGAAAUAGCAGUUUGCAAGGCAGAUAUGUGCACCUACCCUGUAGAUGCAGUGGUUAAUGCUUCUAAUCAGGAUUUGAAACACAGUGGUGGUCUUUCAGCUGCGCUUCUUAAGGCUGCUGGCCCUCAAUUGCAGGUUGAAUGUGACCAACGGAUCAGCUUAAAUGGACAACUCAGAUUUGGAGACUGUGUCAUAACAGGUGCAGGGGGACGGCUAUCCUGCAAGAAAAUCAUCCAUGCAGUUGGACCUGUCUUUGAUCCAGCUAAAGCCCCAAAGACCCAGGCACAGCUGAAAAGAGCAGUUAAAGGAAGUCUAGAACUUGCAGAAAGGCGAGGCUGUGUCACUGUGGCUCUGCCAGCCAUUAGUAAAAACCAAGGCUUUCCUCUGGACUUGUGUGCAACCAUCAUCGUCAGAGCUGUGAAGGAGCACUGUGAUGAAAAGGCUGACGACAACACCCUGAAGAAGAUCCAUUUGGUGAACAAUGACGAUAAUGCUGUGAAGGCUAUGGAGCGGGCUGUCAGACAGGAGUUUGGGAACCAUGGUGCCAGUUCUUCUCAGCAGACUCUCCCAACUAAACCACUAGUAGCUGCAAAGCCUUCUGGAUCUGACCUCAACUGUCUGGGCAAAGUGACGACCGCGGAGGGCCUCGCCAUCUCCCUUAUCAAAGGGAAUAUUGAAAAUGCUACGACGGAGGUUGUUGUGAAUACCAUAACCAAAGAUCUUGAUCUAAGCAAGGGGGCAGUUUCAAACGCGAUCUUCCGCGUUGCUGGACCGAAACUUCAGCAGGUGGUGAGGGCAAAAAGUCCAAGUGGAAAUGUUGGUGAGGUCAUCGUUACAGAGGGCUGCAACUUGAAGAGCAAACAAGUCUUUCAUGCAGUUGCACCUCACUGGGACAACGGCCAGGGCCAACCUGGAGAGAGUCUGAAGGGCAUUUUCCGUGACUGCUUGGGCAAGGCAGAGGACAGUGGUCUUGCCUCCAUGUCUCUCCCUGCUAUCGGCACUGGAAACCUGGGCUUCCCAAGAGACCUCGCAGCUUCAUUGAUGCUGAAGGAAAUCUUAGAUUUUAGCAGUAAGAAGCAGCCAAAGCACCUAAAGAACAUUGUCAUCAUCCUUUACCCAGGGGAUGCAAAGACCAUCCAGGUUUUUACUGAUGAAUUUAAGACGCAGUUCCCCAACGCCUCAGUUGGAUCAGUGCCAACAAGUUCCCCACAAAAGUCAGGUCCUUUCUCCAAGAUUGUCUCUGGCUCAGGAAUAUAUGAGACCAAAAUGGGAAGUGUGGCUGUACAGGUGGUCACAGGAGACAUAACAAAGGAGAACUGUGAUGUCAUCGUCAACUCCUCCAAUGAGAGUUUCACUCUAAAGACAGGGGUGUCAAAGGCUAUACUUGAAGCAGCUGGUCCAGCUGUUGAAGCACAAUGCCAAACACUUGGUGCAUUGACCACCUCAGACAUUAUACUGACCCAACCAGGUAACCUCAAGUGUAAGAACAUCCUCCACUUGGUUGGACGGUCAGACCCUGCAGUAAUCUACAGUGUUGUGAAAAACGCGCUCCUCAUGUGUGUGAAACACAAGUUCACCUCUGUCUCAUUUCCUGCGAUCGGCACAGGUCAGGGAAAUGCAAAAGCAAGCCAGGUGGCGGACGCCAUGCUGGAUGCAGUGAUUGACGUGUUGAACCAAAAUGCUUCCACUACCCUGAAGACAAUCCGGAUAGUUAUCUUUCAAGCACCCAUGUUAAAAGACUUCCACAGCAGUAUGCAAGACAGAGAAGCAAAAGCAGGUGCAGCUGAACUUCCCAAAGAGAAAGAGAAAGGAUGGUCCUUUGGAUACUUUGGCUCCAGAAUAAAAUCAUUGUUUAGUGGUACCACUGAAAAGCCAAAGAAAGAAGAUGAUUUUGUUAUUGAGCCUCUGGAAAUGGAUCCAGCAUGCUUCCACAUCUGUAGUGAUUCACAAGCCAAAGUAGACUCAGCCAAGAUGUGGAUCAACGACCUGAUUAUCAAAGAGGAAAGCAACAACAAGAUUCAAGACAAUGCUAUCCUGAGCCUUUCUGAUGCAGACCACAAAAAGAUCGUCGACAUCCAGAAGAACAUGUUUGUGAGCAUAAGGACUGAGAACAAGAGUGGCCAUGCCUCAAUCACCAUCGAGGGGCUCAGCAAGAACGUGCUCAAAGCCACCAAUGUGAUUCAUGAGAUGCUGAGGAAGGCGAGGGAUGAGGAGGACCAGAAGAGGAAAGAGGAGCUGGCGAGCACAGUGGUAGACUGGCAGUACCAGGCUGGGCUUCAUUUUCAGAGUUUUGAUUCAAAGAACAACUUCAAGCUGGAGCACGCGUUUGAGAAGAAGCUACAAACUGUAAAAAUUACACUCCAGGGUCAAGACUACACGGUGAAUAUGCCAAGUGGACCUGCAACUGAUAGCCAGGGACGCACCUUAGAGAUAAAGCGGAUCGACAAACUAAAAGAUGAAGACAUCCCUGAGAUCUGGGACCCGAUUCCAGCCAACAAAUCAUGUCAUGCUGUCACCAUCCAGCCAGGGUCUGCAGAGUACAACGAAGUCCUGACUUUGUUUCAAGCCUCAUGCAAAUUAAAUGUCCUUAAGAUCGAGAGGAUCCAGAACCCUGGGUUAUGGAAGAGCCUGCUGGUAAAGAAGCUUGACAUGGAGAAGAGGAACGGCCAUCAGAACAAUGAGCGCCGUCUCUUCCAUGGCACCAGCGAUGAUACUGUGGUACACAUCAACGAACACGGCUUCAACAGGAGUUAUGCAGGAAAGAACGCUGCCUGUUACGGCAAUGGCACAUACUUUGCUAUCAAUGCCAGUUACUCCGCCAGCAACACCUACUCCAAGCCAAACCAGAAUGGGGAGAAGUUUAUGUACCUCUGCCGAGUCCUGACGGGGGAUUACACCCUUGGCAGGCAAAACAUGAUCACACCCCCGACCAAGGGUCCUGUCUCUGUUCAGAAGUACGACAGUGUUGUGGACAACACCACCAGACCUACCAUGUUUGUUGUCUUUAAUGACAUCCAGGCUUACCCUGAAUACCUGAUUACAUUCAAGUAACACAACUAUGCACUGGGAUAAGUCAUUUAAAGGCCUUGCAUGUAACACUGCCUCUCAGCAUCAUAUCAGUCUCUUUUACUAUACUUAGAACUUUGUUUUAAAUCUAACAUUAGUUCUCUAAUGUUAGUUCUUUUAUUGUUUUACAAGACAAGGUCAAAGCUUCCUUAAUGGACAUUUAAAACCAUUGUGCCUUGAAUUUAUGUGUGGUCUUAAAGAUAAUAAUGCAAAGAUAUUCAACAAUGCACAAACUGUUUUGCCUAACUUUUGAUCACUGUGAUUACACUGGACAUUGUAUUUAGAGCUUAUAAGACCCUGGAGGCUGCAGGAAAGCGCCCUGUGAUUUCCAAGAAGUCAUGUGCUGCAUUCGUGUAUCAGGUUUACAAUCACCUUUGGUUUAAAGGGAAAGUGAAAGUUAAGUAAAGUUCCUGUAAACAGGCCUGUACAAAUAAACAUCAUUAC